AUGGCUUGCGGCUCAUCUUCCUCCGGUCUCGUCAACCGAAAUGGCCCCGGCAGCGCCGCCACCUCCAUCAUCGACAGCAUCGUCAAGCCCGCCGAGGCCACGGGCGGCAAGACCAAGUGCAUUGAGUGCGACGGAUAUGAGUGCUGCUGCAUCCCCAUUCCCUGCACCGUCAUGUGA